AUGUACCUCGACUGGAAGAGCAACGCCGCAGUCCAAACCAUCGUCUUCCAGCAUGUGUUGCCACGAGUCGAGCAUUUCUUUCCCAACAACAUCAUACAGAUCGAGAGCACAGCGUUGACGCGAUACGCCAAGGGCCAAUCGUACUCUUGGCACGUCGAUGCAUACGACGAGCACACGCUUCAUGCUCGCGCCAUCACGUUCCUCCUGUACCUCAACGACGUUGACGUCGGCGGGGAAACAGUCUUUGCACAUGUGGCUCAAAAUGGCAGCACUGUCCAGGCCAAGGAAUCCUUGGGGCGCGCGUGUGCUGCCACGUCAUCACACGUAAAGGUCACGCCGCGGGCAGGAAAGUCGCUGGUGUUUCAAAACGUACCCGGACGCAUGUCCACGCACGGCUCGUGCGUCGUCGGGUCAGAGGCCAAAUGGAUCAUGCAGUUCUGGAUAUCCGCCACACCUACCAUGCAGUUGGCGUUUCAGCCGUUUCAUGCAACUGGUGUCAAGCACUUUACGAUGGACAACGAUGCGAUCAAGUUCAUCGACGUCCCCAAAGCUGUGACACGAACUCCCGUGCGCAAGAAAGGCGCGCCAAAGAUAUUGCAACGCAAGUCCAUCCACUUGGGCUGGGAAGACGACGACGUAGGCCAAGAUGGUCCUCGGGGAGACAGCACCGUCAACAAGGAAAUGUUCGUGCUCGAAUUCUACAACCCCCAGCUGCAGUCGCCGCACGGCCGACGGCCAACCACGACGCAUGCGAUGACUCGGGCGAACUACGUGCUGGAUCGAGUCGACAGCAUGCGCCAAAGCCGCAGUGUCCUCACGUUUGUCGAUCCGCUGGAAGACGCGACUCGACGGGACCUGAAGCGGUCCAACUUGCUACAUCCUGUGGCGGUGCCACUGGUCAUGUCGGACGCCGCUACGCCGCUUCAUGUCGGCGCGGCGGCGAAGCACCAGCAGCAACCCCAACGAUGCCCCCAGUGCAAUUCCAACCACGUCAUCAUGGUGCCGGUGUGCAAAUACUGCAAAACGCUAGAUGUUCUCACCCAGGAUCACACCGCCUUGAAACGACACGCGUAUGCGUUGGUGGAAAAGCACCCGUCGAUUGCCCCCACUCAAUUGAUCGAUGAGGUGGUGUCCUUCUUACACGAGUACCACCAGCACCGAGCACCGCCUGAGAAACCACAGGCAACCAUCGACCCUUCAUCGAGACCCACGACCAGCCCCUCGAACCCCCCCAUUGCUACUACUAUGGCCGUAGCGGUAGCUCCGCCCAUAAUCUCAACGGAUGAAGUGAAUCGAUUAAUGCACACGCUGCAGCACAACCAAGUGCCGUCGACGCGGGAAGCCUUGCUCGAGCUCAAGCACGCACGGUCCAAAGCUGCGGCCGAAGUCAAGCCCCCCCAGUUGAGCCAAACUACCAAGCAAACGAUCGUGCACUACAUUUUGCAUUCGUUUUCCCAGCCCCACGGCGAACCGCCAGAUUGGACAAAGGAGCAGCGGUGGGACCACCAGGACUUGUGCCUGGAAAUGCUCAAAACACUCUCCAUGCACGACGUCGACGACAUCGUCCGAGCGUACAACGCGUGGAAGAACGUGAACGACAUUACGCUGCGCCAAGACUACGAUGCCACGUCCCAAACUCGCCCUUUGAUGUUGGACCAAUGCGACCAACGCUCGUCCACCCAAAAACUCAAAGAUGCCGAAGUGGACGAAGCCGACCAAGUGGUGCCCGACGUCCGCACAUUUCAACUGCAGCGGCGCAAAGCCAUCCGCACGGCUAUCCCCCCCGAGAAGGCGCGUCAGCUGAUCGCCCGCCGUGCCACCGUCCGUCCAAAGCCCACGGGUACCCCCGCCGCCGCGACGAUCCCCCCGCUCCUUCAACAUCGCCAUGCCACUCCCAUGAUGGCGGCCGAGUCGACAGACCAUAAGGAGGACGAGAGCGAGGGUCUAUCGUUGCUACACGAACGGCACAAAGCUGAAGCCGACGAAAAAGCCAAGCAAAUCUUGCUCAACGCCGAGCGACACAAGACGAUAAGUUCCGACGGCAUGUUUUCCUUGGACAACACUUCGUUUCUCGCGGCGUCGCUUGCCCAACAAGACCUCGUCGUGGUGCUGCAGUUCGAUCGCCAAGCGCAAGAAAUGUUCUUGCUUGGCGACGAAGCGGACAGAGAAGCCCUGCUGCAGCUGUCCCCCCUGGGGCGGGUGGAAGUGGUGGGGGAGUGGAUCGCAAAGAGUGUCGACAACCGCAACAUUCUGGUGGCCGCUACGCGGGCCAAGGGCCAUCUACUGACCUCCGACGAGCGCCGGCUGCUGCUGGCUAUGGAAGAAGAAGAUUGCCGGUACCAUUUGCACAUGUGGAAGCAUUGGCAGCAACAAGACACCAGCCAUGUACCAACCCCCAACUUAGCGUUUUUGCAGCUCAAUGGCACAGGCCGGCGGCGGCCGCGGGAAGAGUACUUUCGAGUGCCUCGGUACUGGUCCAAGUACAUUAAAGUACGGGAUACAACCAUCCAACCGAUGCCGCUGACUGUAAUCCGACCGUUUCUCUGGGGGUUGUAUCAUGCAGCUGCCAAGCAGCGUAUUGACGCGUACGACUUUGUCGAGUUUGUGGUGCAGCACAUGACGCUCCAGUUUGGCGCCCAUACAAGGCACCGACUCCAAGGACUGAUCACCGCCCUCGAACAAUACUGUAUCAAGGACACGUGGGUGUUUGCCUUUUGUCGGUUUUGCGGGAUUGCCGAACAAUUGCCGUCGGAUUGCUUUACCUUUUACGUGUCGGCAUUGCAAUGCUUGCAGUUUGCAGUGCCGAAUCGAGCGCAACAAGCCGACUACUACAUCCCUAGCGAUGUGUUUUACCCGCUGUUUGUGAAAAAAGCCGUCAUGGCGUUACGUACGAUCGCAAGCGACGCCAACAUCGACGAAGCCAAAUGGUACGCCACGCUGCGCGAGUGUCGAGUGCUGUGUCCGCGCAAGACGGUGCUCGGCAGCCCCAUCUACGUCGUCGGGCUCGGGGCGUUCAUGGAUUUGGUGUUGGACAUUUGGCUGUCGAAUCGACGGAUGAUGGAAGAUGAGAUGCGCCGGAUGUUUGUCCAGUUUGACACGGAUCAAAGCAAGAGCUUGAGCUACGACGAGUUCCGGGCAUUCAUUGUGCACUGCCACAAGACGCUGCAGGAAUCGGCAUCCACCAGCCAGUCAUUUUGUCAGCGCGUUGUGGACGAGAAGAACGUCGUCAAGCUGUACGGCAAGUGCCUGAUGCAGUCUGACCAGAGCGAGAUCAACAUCGACUCGUUCGUGCUGGGCGGCAUGGAAAAUCCGCUGACCCUGGCCAUGUUUGGCUUUGCGGUGCCACCGACCCAAACGACCGCGGCCAGUAUCAUGGCCAUGCAGUUGAUUAUGCGCGCCAUGCGGGCCUAUAUAAAACGCUUGCGGUCGGUCACUCCAGUCCCCCGAUCGCCAAAUUCCUAACAACAAUAUUUCUAUAUAUUGCAU